GUCACUUCCUUCCUCUUAAUGCAUCUAUUUGACAUAAGCUGCAUAUGUUCUCUUCUGACAGAAGAAAGUGAGGACUUCUAAAAGACAAUCACAGAGUUUAAAAAAAAAUCACUCUGCUUCUCUAAGAUUUGUUUGCUUGUAUCAAAGCUAUUAGAGGAAUAUGGCAGAAACAGCACAGAUCCCCGAUGAAGAGUUGGAAGACCUUAGAGUUGCAUUUUCAAAAUUUGACAUUGAUAACUCUGGAUACAUUGACAACAAUGAACUCCACAAUCUCUUGAAAGAAGCAAAUCUACAACUACCAGGCCACAAAGUACGAGAAAUAAAAGAUGAGCUAAUGGCCUCUGGAAGUCAGAAGGGCCAGAUCACUUUUGAAGACUUUAUUGGACUUUUCUACGGUUUAAAGAGCAGUGAAGUUGCUAAAACAUUCAGAAAGCAACUCUUGAAGAAGGAGGGAAUCUGUGCUGUUCAUGGAACUGAAAAAUCCAGCGAAGGAACCCAGCACUCCUACUCAGAGGAGGAAAGAUAUGCUUUUGUUAAUUGGAUCAACAAAGCUUUGGAGAAGGAUCCAGACUGCCAGCAACUGAUUCCUAUGGAUGCCAACAGUGACACUGAACUUUUUGCUGCAGUUGGGAAUGGCAUUAUCCUUUGCAAAAUGAUCAAUCUGUCGGUGCCUGACACCAUCGAUGAGAGGACAAUUAACAAAAAGAAGCUCACCCCAUUCACUAUACAGGAAAAUUUGAAUCUGGCUUUGAAUUCUGCCUCAGCGAUUGGGUGUCACGUUGUUAAUAUCGGUGCUGAGGAUCUAAAAGAGGGGAAGCCUCACCUUGUGUUAGGCCUGUUAUGGCAGGUUAUCAAAAUUGGCCUGUUCGCAGACAUUGAAUUGAGCAGAAACGAAGCACUGAUUGCCCUGCUCCGAGAGGGUGAAGAUCUGGAGGACCUAAUGAAACUGUCCCCUGAGGAGCUGCUGCUACGUUGGGCUAACUACCAUCUAGAAGGCGCUGGCUGCAAAAAAAUUAACAACUUCAGCACUGAGAUCAAGGAUUCAAAGGCUUACUUCCACCUCCUCAAUCAAAUCGCGCCAAAAGGUGAUGAAGAGGGACAAGCUCCGAUUCCAGUUGACAUGUCUGGUAUUAAUGAAAAUGAUGACUUGAAACGGGCAGAGUCAAUGCUUCAGCAGGCCGACAGGCUUGGCUGCAGACAGUUUGUCACAGCAACAGAUGUUGUUCGUGGGAACCCCAAGCUAAACUUGGCCUUUGUUGCAAAUCUGUUCAACAAAUAUCCAGCUCUUCAGAAACCUGAGAACCAGGACAUAGACUGGAGUCUACUGGAGGGUGAAACAAGAGAGGAAAGGACAUUCAGAAACUGGAUGAACUCACUUGGUGUGACUCCUCGCGUGAACCAUUUGUACAGUGACCUGGAGGAUGCCUUGGUGAUUCUGCAGCUCUAUGAAAAGAUCAAGGUUCCAGUGGACUGGAGUCGGGUGAACAAACCACCUUAUCCUAAACUGGGUGCUAACAUGAAGAAACUGGAAAACUGUAACUACGCAGUUGAUCUGGGAAAGAACAAAGCCAAGUUUUCACUCGUUGGAAUUGCAGGUCAAGAUCUGAAUGAGGGCAAACACAUGCCAACUUUAGCCUUGCUGUGGCAGUUAAUGAGGAGGUAUACAUUGAACAUGCUGGAAGAUAUUGGUGAUGGAGAAAAGGUCAACGAUGACAUCAUUAUAAACUGGGUGAAUCAGACUUUAUCAGAAUCAGGAAAAAGUUCCUCUGUUGCAAGCUUUAAGGACCGAGAAAUCAGCACAAGUAUACCAGUACUGGAUCUGAUCGAUGCGAUUCAGCCUGGAUCAGUCAGGUAUGACCUUGUGAAGACUGGAGAUCUGACUGAUGAAGAGAAACUUCAAAAUGCUAAGUAUGCCAUUUCGAUGGCAAGAAAAAUUGGAACUCGAGUCUAUGCUCUUCCAGAGGACCUAGUUGAAGUAAAACCGAAAAUGGUUAUGACUGUUUUUGCAUGUCUGAUGGGAAAAGGAAUGAAGAAGGUCUGAAAGAUCUGACCCAAGUUAAAUUGAUCUAUUUUCUUUUCACCAGUUCCUAGCCUGGGUGCAACUUUCAAAUGUAGGACAUUAGCUUAGGUAUGCUCCUGUGUUUUCACAAGCAUUUUAACUGGCUUUGCUACUGCUGAAAUAAUCAUGAUAGAUCAAAGAUCCAUGUUUCCCCAAUCAUUGUAAAAAAAAAAAAAAAUUAGCAGGGUGCUUACUAGAAUGCAUGCCGAGCUACAGAACUUCUAUGCAUAUUCUAAACUUCCCGCACUAAACCAAAACAGGUUGCAACUGGUGCUUAAAUAAUACCAAUCAUAAAACUUAGCCACUGACCAAACCAUUUACUUAUUUCAACAAAUACCACUUGAGUAGUGUCAAAGAGAGUGUAUUUGGAGGUAAUUAUUUUUUCAAAGCUUGUUCUGCUGCCGCAUGGAAAUGCAGUGAAAGAGGCUCUUGAGGACAUAUUUGCCCCUUCUGUAAAAUGGCCCAGGUUUUGCUGGCGCAUGGCAUCUCACUAUUAGUUAGACUUGUUUGUGCAUGUUUAAGCUUUAAAAUUUGUGGCCUACAAAGUUGCUGGAAGUGUGAGCUGACAGCGUAGUGAGGCCAAGAGGCCAUUUGGAAUCUUGGUGAACAACAGGCCAAAGUCUCCUUAACCAAUAAAACUAAAGUAUUGGGAAAUAAACAAAGAAGGAACUGAGUAGGUGGGUGAAUUCAAUGUCAGAUAAAUUAAAAAAGAUAAAUAAAGAGAGAAAAAAAAAUAUUAGAUUGAGAGAUGGGGAGAAAAAAGACAAAGGAAAAUGUUUUUAAUAUUGCCUAGUACAUUUAACAACCUGAAGGAAUGAGGCUCCAAACUUAUAAUUGUCCACUUUCUGAGCCAGAGAGGUUGAUUGGCUACAAUUAACAAUCACCAUAUUAAAAUGAUAUUUGUGUUGUUAAUUUACUAGACUUAAGUUAAUGUGCAAAUGCAGCAACUUGAUGAAAAUCACAGGGGGAUUAUGUACAAAAUGCUGUAUUUGUGAGGCUAACUACAGAGCGACACAGAUUGGCUAGAAACUAGUGGCGAUUUCUCAGUCACAGGAAAUAUUUUUCUUGCUACAAGUUGCUGUCCAACUUGAGUAUCAAUAACAGGGAGGGUCGCACAAAUAUUGAUUUUUUUUUCAGAAAAAUCUGGCCCAUUAUGUUUUGUCAACGACAUUUUAUAUCACAGGUUGAUGUAUAAAACCAGCAUUUUCUGGUACAGCUAGAUUCAGACCUAAGAUUGUACUAACCUAGAUUCAGACCCAAGAUUGCAGCUAACCUGUCCUUACAUUUAGCAGCUUGAAUGUGCUUCACAAAGAUCAAAGGAGAUAUUAAUUGUAGCUUGCAUAGUCCCUACACGUUAGCCCUGAAACCAUUAUUGACAAUGGGGAAAUGAACAUUCAACCCAUUCCUGCAAUAUUCCUUUGUCAUUUGCAACAUGGGUGUUGGUCCAUUUAUUUUGUGGGUUAACACUUCUGCUAUGAUAGGAUUUUCAGCAGGAUUUCCUGCAAAUGUGUUGAGUGUUUGUCCAGUCACCCUAUCAACAAUGCACCCUGGGUAAUAUAACCUAACUAAAAAUUGAAAAUUGGCCCUACGUUCUAAAUAAAUGAGCUUGCACUUGUCCACAUAGAAUGUCUCUCUCUGGUCAUUCCUUCUCUGAAUUCCUGAAAUGAUUGAACAGUUCUGAAUGUAAACUAACCAAAAAGGCCCUUAAUGUGUUGUCACAUUUACUACACAGAUACAAUGCUAGAGAAUCUAAAGUACUGCACUUACGUUUCUUAACUAACUUUUUUUACCCAAAAAAGUAUCUUUUUUAUAUUUUGAUUUUGUAAAAUUCCUGUUGAAAUGCUAGCUUUAAGCACCAAGAUGCUGUUUAUUUAAGGAAAUUGCAAACUAGAAAUUCAUGCCUUCAUAUAAAUAUACUGAUGAAAUAAAAAUAAAAAUGGUUUGACACUUUGGAAGUAAAA